AUGGCGGAGACACUGCGGCUCUCAUGGCUGUUCUUCAUGCUUAUCUUCCUUCUGGUGGGACUGCAAGGAGAGCCCAGCAACACUGGACACACGCGGAGCAAGAGGAGCGUCAGCUAUGAGCAGCCUCGUAUGCUGUCAGAUAACGGUCACCUUGUCUUCACAACCGGUGACAAUAAAGAGAUCCGCUUCGCGACGUCAGCCAAUGGCCGGGUGAAAGUGGAUAAUGAGGACCUCACCCAACUUAUGAGCCAGAUCAAAACCAACAAAGAAGACAUUACUGACAUUAAGACUCACGGAGGUGUAGUUCCCCCUGAUAUCACCAACAAACUCAACCAGCUUGAUACCAAAGUGUCGACACUUGAGAGUAAAGUGGCUGUACUUGAGACGACGGUGCAGAAGGUGUCCUGCAGCAGUAAUCCCUGUCAGCAUGGAGGAACAUGUCUGAACUUACUCAACUCAUACCACUGUGUGUGUCCCAACAACUGGGCGGGUCCUAACUGUGCAACAGAUGUGAAUGAAUGCCAAGUGUAUUCGGGAACGUUACAGAGUUGUCAGAAUGGAGCAACCUGCGUUAACACGCCCGGAUCCUUCACUUGUACCUGUUCUCCAGAAUGGACCGGGGUUCUGUGCACGGUGCGUUAUGAUGACUGCAGGAACGCCGGACAGGACCUGUGUGUGCAUGGCACAUGUAUCGAUGCAGACCGGGUUACACCUGGACAGCCUAAAUAUAAAUGCAUUUGUGAGAGCGGCUGGGAGGCUCCAGCUGGGAACCCGUCCUGUGUGGCUGAUGUGAACGAGUGUAACCUGCCCAACAAGCCGUGCUCCCCCAACCCUGCUGUCCCCUGCUACAACACUCAGGGAUCCUUCUACUGUGGAGCCUGUCCUGCUGGUUGGCAAGGCAAUGGCUACAGCUGUCAGGAUGUGGAUGAAUGUUUGAUGAAUAAUGGCGGCUGCUCCUCCGCUCCUGUUGUGCAAUGCCUGAACACCAUGGGCUCCUUCCACUGUGGUCCCUGCCCUCCAGGUUAUGAGGGGGAUGGAAGAACAUGCACCCAGAGCAAUAUCUGCGCUAACAACAAUGGAGGCUGUUACCCGUUAGCUACUUGCUCCUCCAGCCAAGGCACAAACCUCCCUAUCUGCACCUGCCCUCCAGGCUACAUAGGGAAUGGUUUCGGACCGACUGGCUGCACCCAGACCAGCGACAUCUGUCAGACCAACAACCCCUGUGUCAAUGGACAGUGUACCACCACCUCGGCUGCUGGCUACAUCUGCUCUUGCAACUCCGGCUGGCAAGGAGUAAACUGUGAGCAGAACAUCGACGAAUGCUUAAGCCACCCGUGUCAGAAUGGAGGAAGCUGCACUGACGCCAUUAAUGGAUUCACAUGUGCAUGCAGUGCCCAGUGGACUGGCCCACUCUGCCAGACCCCACAGCAAGUGUGCGGAGGUUACCUGACUGGCCCUGCUGGUACCUUCAGUUACCCCAACACCCCGGGUCAUGAUGAAUACGAUCACCAGGUCAGCUGUGCCUGGGUGAUCCGCGCCGAGCCAAACAAGAUUCUACAUAUCACCUUCCCUUUCUUUCAUCUGGAGAGCAGCACCAACUGCAACUUCGACUUCCUUCAGAUUCAUGAUGGCGACAGCGCUUCUGCUUACAUGAUGGGAAAAUACUGUGGCCAGAAUAAUCCGAAUGAGCUCCUCAGCUCCCACAAUUCUCUGUACUUCUGGUUUCGCUCCGACCACUCUAUUAGUGCUGGUGGCUUCACAGUGGUCUGGGAGUCUCGGGACCCAGAGUGUGGAGACGAACUAACUGCCCCCUAUGGCAACAUUAACUCACCUGGCUACCCUGGAAACUACCCGCCUAGCCGAGACUGCUACUGGUCGGUGACGGUGGAUCCCGGCCUGCUCAUCACCUUUGCAUUCGGGACUCUUAGUCUGGAGCAGCAUCCCGACUGCAGUUUUGACUUCCUGGAGAUCCGGGACGGUGUUCUACCUGAGGACCCAGUUCUGGGGAAGUACUGCAGUACUGCGUCACCUGCCCCCCUGCAGACCACCGGUCCAGCUGCAUGGAUCCACUUCCACUCCGACUUUAGUGUCUCUGACCGAGGCUUCCACAUUACAUACACAACAUCACCAAGUGACCCCGGCUGCGGCGGCACCUUCACUGACAGUGAGGGCAUCCUCAUCUCCCCCAACUGGCCCAACAACUACGCCCACAACCGCCAGUGUAUCUACUUGAUCAGGUUGCCGGUGGGGGAGCAGGUGGCACUCAACUUCACUCACAUGAACCUGGAGAGUCACGGCAGCUGCACUUUUGACUAUGUGGAGGUGCGUGAUGGCAGACUGGAGACUGAUCCUCUGAUCGGGAAGUACUGCGGGAGUUCUCUGCCGGCUCCCAUCGUCUCGUCCUCCAACUUCCUGUGGAUUCGUUUCAGAUCCGACAGCUCGGUCAGCCGGGCUGGUUUCAGGGCCGUCUACACCGUUGACUGUGGAGGUACUUUGUCUGGGACUGGGCAGUUACACUCUCCCUACCACCCCAAUGCCUAUCCCCACAACAAGGUCUGUGAGUGGGUCAUCAACCAGCCGGAGGGAUAUGUGGUCACCCUCAACUUCCUGUCAUUUGACAUUGAGGGAGGAUCCUGCCAUUAUGACUUUGUUGAGGUCAGGGAUGGCUCCACGUCCAGCUCUCCUCUGCUGGGGACGUUCUGUGGAAUUGAGAUUCCCUCCAUGCUCCAGUCCACUCAGAGAUCUUUGUACAUCCGCUUCAAGACAGACUCCUCUGUCAGCAACCUCGGCUUUGAAGCAGCCUACGGCUCUGCCUUGGAGGGCUGUGGUGACACCCUGACCAGUCCUUCAGGCUCCAUCACGAGCCCCGGACACCCCAACAACUACCCCCAUGGUGCCAACUGCACCUGGUACAUCAGUGUUACCCCGGGCAACCUGGUUCGACUGUCGUUUGACUCCUUCAAUCUGGAGUUCCACGUCGACUGUAACCAUGAUUACGUGGAGGUGUACGACAACGGCACUGUGCAGACUGGAACUAAGAUUGGCAGGUACUGCGGGCGGUCCGUGCCUCCUUCCAUCACCAGCACUGACAGCCUGUUGACGCUGCUGUUUGUGUCUGACACAAGUUUAGUCAUCGAGGGAUUCUCUGCCAGCUAUGUCUCAAUCGAUGCCGCCACAAACUGUGGUGAGACUUUCAGGUCCUCUACGGGCUCCUUCAGUUCACCCAACUACCCCGACUACUACCCCACCAACAGAGACUGCAUCUUCAAGAUCAUCGUGCAAGCCAACAUGCAGAUUAUGCUGAACUUCACCAGCUUUGAGAUGGAGGGCUCCUCUCCUUCCUGCACCUUUGACUUUGUAGAGAUCAGGGAUGGCGGCUACGAGACGUCUCCCUUGAUUGGUAAGUUCUGUGCCGCUCAAAGGCCUCCAGUCCUGGUGUCCCAUAGCAACCGCCUUUGGGUUAGAUUCCGCUCGGACAGCAGCGUCACAUUUCGAGGAUUCACCGCUCACUGGGACGGCACGCAGACUGGUUGUGGAGGGAUGUUGACAACUACAUCUGGAGGACUUUCCUCCCCUAACUUCCCGCUGCCCUACCACCCUAACGCUGAGUGCUACUGGACCAUCAGGACCAACCAGGGCAGCCAGCUCCUCCUCUCCUUCUCUGACUUCCACCUGGAGUCCAGCUCCGGCUGCUCUUAUGAUUACCUGGCUGUGUAUGAUGGUAAUAGCAGCAGUUAUCCAGAGCUGGCCAGGUUGUGUGGCAGUCAGUCGCCCAGCGCCAUCAGCUCUUCCAGCAAUCAGCUCUACGUCAAGCUACGCACUGACUACACCGUCAGCACAGGAGGCUUCCUGGCAUCGUACACCACCAAUUGCAGCAACAUGCUCAUCUCAAGCCGACACAAAGGAGCGGUGGAGUCACUCAACUUUCCCAACAACUACCCGCACAACUCCGAGUGCAGCUGGACCAUCCAGGCCAGCAGCGGGAACACCGUCAACUACACCUUCACUGCCUUCCAGCUGGAGGACACCUCCAGCGUCUGUGACUAUGACUAUAUCAAGCUCUUUGAUGGGCCUAACAAGCAAGCUCCUGUGAUUGGCACCUUCUGUGGAUACACUCCGCCCCCGGCCAACACCACCACGAGCUCCGCGCUCACCGUGGUGUUCAGAACGGACUCCUCUCUGUCCAUGCCUGGCUUCCAGAUGAUGUGGUACCAGAAUGGUUGUGGGGGGGAGCUCUCCGGCCCCCGCGGCUCCUUCAACAGCCCAGACUACCCCAACAGGUAUCCACAAAAUAGGGAGUGCAUCUGGUACAUCACCACAUCAUCUGGCAGCAGCAUCACCCUCACUAUCCAUGAGUUUGAUGUGGAGUUCCACCAGGACUGCAACUACGAUGUGCUGGAAGUGUAUGGAGGCCCAGACCUGUUGGCUCCUCAGCUUGUCAAGCUUUGCAGCACCACAACCAGCCCAAUGCUUGUCUCCAGCACCGGCAACCUGCUCACAGUGCGCUUCAAGUCCGAUGCCUACGUCAGCGGGCGAGGUUUCAACGCAAGCUGGGCUGAAGUUCAGGGAGGCUGUGGAGGCCCAGUCACUGCUCCAUCAGGCGAGAUCCAUUCUCCUUCGUAUCCCAGCAGCUAUCCCAACAACGUAGACUGCUCCUGGGUCAUCAGCGUGAACCCCAGCCACCGUGUCUUCUUCAACUUCUCCGACAUGGACAUUGAGCCUCAUAGCGACUGCCUCUGGGACUAUGUGGCCAUCCACGAUGGUCCAACCAUCUCUUCUGCACUGCUGGUCCGUGUGUGUGGCACCACUCUCCCUCCCUCCUUCACCUCCACCCAGAACACCAUCUAUGUUCGCUUUAGGUCCGACUCCAGUCGCAGCCACCGAGGCUUCAGCGCUCGCUUCUCUGAGGCUUGUGGUGCAUCCAUCACAAGCGAUGAUAUCGGUGGAGCCAUUGCCUCGCCGAUGUACCCAUCAAUGUACCCGCCCAAUCUGAACUGCAGUUGGAUCAUCAGAGCACAGGAACCUUUCAACCAUGUGACCCUGUCAUUCACUGACUUUGAGUUAGAGAAGAUUAAUAACAACUGCUCCCAUGAUGCUGUGGAGAUCCUGGAUGGAGACAACUACCAGGCGCCUUCUAUAGGGCGCUACUGUGGCUUUGAAUUACCUCACCCGGUGACAUCCUUCAGUAACUCCAUGGUGGUCAACUUCAUCUCUGACUACGCUGUCUCCAAGAAAGGGUUCAGAGCCACCUACACAGCAUCCACCUCCAGUUGUGGAGGAAAUCUGAUGAUGGAGAGCGGUGCCUUUAACAGUCCCAACUACCCAGAUGCUUAUCCACCGAAUGUGGAGUGUGUGUGGACCAUCAGAAGCUCACCAGGGAACCGUCUCCAGCUCUCUUUUAUUACCUUUCAGCUGGAGGGAGACACUAACUGUCACAAUGACUUCCUGGAAAUCAGAGAGGGCAACGCCACCGGCCCCCUGGUUGAUCGCUUCUGUGGAAACUCGCUCCCCUCUAACUACACCUCUGUGAUCGGUCACAUCCUGUGGCUUAAGUUCGUCUCAGACGCAUUGAUUAGCGGAGCAGGAUUCAGAGCCACCUUCUCACACUUGUACGGAAAUGAUGUGGUGGGGGAGAUUGGACAGAUAGCAUCCCCACUGUAUCCCAGAAUGUACCCCAAUAACGCCCUGUACCGCUGGACCAUAACUGUGGAGGGAGACAGCUACGUCCAGAUCCGCUUUUUGGACAUGGACAUAGAGGACCUGCAGAACUGCUACUACGACCACCUCAAAAUAUUCGAUGGCCCCAGUGUUCAUUACUACCCCAUUGGGACCUUCUGUGGUCUGGCCCUGCCGCCUCCCCUCAGAAGUUCUGGAAGCACCGUCACCCUGCAGUUCCAGUCGGAUUCAGUGGUGGUAGGACAAGGUUUCCUCGUGGAAUGGACCGCUGUCCAGGACUCUGGACCCCCACCCACUAUCAUACCAGGUUCAUGUGGUGGUGCGCUCAUGACAGGGGAGACUCCUGGCUUCCUCUUUUCUCCUGGCUGGCCUGGAAACUACGCUCCCAACCAGGAGUGCACCUGGUUGAUACGUUCUCCGGGCUCAACUGUAGAGUUGAACCUCUUGUAUCUGGACAUGGAAGACUACCCCACCUGCUACUUCGACAGCCUUGUCAUUAGAGAUGGUGCGAGCAGUCUGUCCCCCGAGCUGGCCACUGUGUGUGGUCGGGAUCCUCCAGCUUCUCUCCACUCAACCGGAGACUCCAUGUACAUCCACUUCUCCUCAGACAGCAGCGUCAGUGGCCGAGGCUUUAAUGCCUCCUACUCCAGCGGUUGUGGUGGCCUGUUGCACGUAGACAGGGGCGUGCUGAGCAGCCCCCACUACCCCCAGAACUACCUGCCUGGUCUGGAUUGUAGCUGGCAUGUGAUGGUGACGCCCGGCUUCAGGGUCUCUGUCACCUUCCAGAGCCCCUUCCAGAUUCAAGGCUACGGAACUCAAUGCAGCACCGGAGACUACGUGGAGCUCAGGAAUGGUCCAGAUGUUUCAGCUCCACUGCUGGGGGGACGUCUCUGUGGUUCGAGUCCACCAUCCCUCCUCCAGACUACAGACAACAACCUCUUGAUUCACUUUGUAUCUGAUGCCAGCAAUGAGAACAGUGGCUUCAAGCUGACCUUUGAAGCCCACAGUCAGGCGUGUGGAGGCUUCAUUGAGCUGAAUGAUAACGAUCCUCCAGGAUAUAUAACUUCCCCUGACUACCCUCAGAACUACCCCCAGAACAUUGACUGUGUCUACGUCAUCACUGUGCCCAAUGGAGAAUCUGUCCAAAUUGACUUUGAGGAUGAAUUCUACAUUGAACCCACAGCCAGCUGUUUGUACGACUACCUGGAGCUGCGUGAUGGCUCGUCUUCCAACGCCGACUUAAUUUCGCGGCUCUGCGGCACCACCCGACCAUCCACCCAACAUUCAACAGGUUCCUCCAUGCUGCUGCGGUUUCGCACCGACACCAGCGUCACGCACAAAGGCUUCAAGGCAAAGUACUCUAUAGCAACAUGUGGAGGUACGUACAUCGGCCAGAGGGGUACGAUCAGCAGCCCGGGCUUCCCAGGAUCCAACUAUCCCGACAGCUCCAGUUGUGAGUGGUACCUGGAGGGGCCCACAGGCCACUACCUCACCCUCAGCUAUGGGAGCUUCAACCUGCAGGCCUCCACAGGAUGUUCUGCUGACUACGUGGAGAUCAGAGAGUACAACGCCUCAGGGCGCAUACUAAGCCGACACUGCGGUGCCGCCCAUCCUCUUUCCAUUGACACGUCUGACAGUUUUGCAUACGUGAAGUUUGUCAGUGACGCCAGCGUGAACGCACCCGGCUUCAGUCUGACGUUUGAAGCCAGCGUUGAAGUGUGUGGAGGAGAGCUGAAUGCUCCUUCAGGAACUAUCUCCUCCCCCAAUUACCCAAACUUGUACCCACACAGCCGGGUGUGUCGCUGGGAGCUGGUGGUGCCACAAGGCCGCCGGGUCACACUCACCAUCACUGACCUGCGGCUUGAAGAUUCUGGUUCUUUCUGCACAUUUGACUACGUCGAUGUACUGAACGGGUUGAUGGUCGAUGCCCCUCGCCUGCAGAGAUUCUGUGGUAGCGUACCAGCAGGCACACAGGUGCACUCCUCCGGCAACACCAUGACCGUUGUGUUCAGCACCGACUCUUCUGUUUCCAAUGGUGGCUUCAUGGCUUCCUACUCCUCUGAGGAGCCUGCAGAGUGUGGUGGAGUCCUGAACAACCCAACGGGUGGGAACUUCACCUCUCCUGGGUACCUGGUGUCAAACUACAGCAACAACCUCAACUGUGAGUGGCUGAUCCAGAACCCACAGCACGUCAAUUCCUCUAUAGUGGUGCUGCUAGAAGACCUGCACCUGGAGAACCACCAGACCUGUGCAUCGGACUACCUUCAGUUCCGCUUAGGUGACUCAGAUGGGGAGCUGUUCGACAAGUUUUGUGGGCAGACUACCCCCAACCUUCCCAUUGUGGUCUUUACCCCAGAGCUCUGGGUCCAUUUCAAGACUGAUGCCUCCCAGGGAGACCUGGGCUUCAAGGCCAAGUACUUGUUCUCUGAGUGUGGAGGCUGGCAGACAGGCGAAGGAGGGGUUGUAUCCAGUCCUAACUACCCCAACAUCUACCCCAGCCCCAGUCGCUGUGCUUGGCUGUUAGAGGCCCCCGUGGGCCACACUAUUAAGCUAACCUUCAGCCACUUCAACCUGGAGCCCCACACUCAAUGUGGCUGGGACUCUGUCACCAUCUUUAAUGGAGGAUCCCCUGGAUCUCCUGUUAUUGGCCAGUACUGUGGGACCACCUCCCCAGGAACCAUUCAGUCAGGAUCCAACAAGCUUGCUGUCGUCUUCCUGGCUGACCAUAGUGUGUCCCGUGGAGGCUUUAAGGCCACCUGGUCUGCUGAUUCCUCAGGCUGCGGAGGGGUUAUACAUGCUGAUACGGGAACAAUCAAGUCUCCAAACUAUCCCCAGAACUUCCCGGCCAAUGUGGAGUGUUCCUGGAAGAUCAUUGCCCAUGAGGGGAACCACCUGGAGAUGAGCUUCAACAGUGAUUUCCAGAUUCCAGACAGCAGUGGGACCUGCCAGAGCAGCUAUAUCAAGGUGUGGUCAGGUCAGACCCAAAAUACUGAGGCUUUGCUGUCAACAGGCUGUGGCUCCGGUGGCCCCGCGCCCCUUGUUGCUCCAUAUAACAUCAUCUCAAGCCGAUUCCAGGGCACUGAAGCCACUGGCAAAGGUUUCUCAGCCUUCUUCAGCACCAGGUGCGGCGCAAACUUCACAGCUUCCAGCGGUCGUGUGGUUUCUCCAAACUAUCCAGCUGACUACCCCAACUAUUCCAACUGCAACUACACCAUCGACGUUGGAGAGCAGACUGUGGUCGUCCUCACCUUCAAGGUCUUCCAAGUAGAAGCACACUCAACCUGUCAGUAUGAUGGGCUGAAGAUCUACAACCUGGCUGCUGGUGGCUCUCCUAUUGCCACUGUGUGUGGUCACAGCAUCCCGGGGCCCUUCUCCAACUUUGGCCCCAUGUUACUCCACUUCUACUCUGACUCUGUGAUCCCCGACGGUGGCUUCAUGGCAGAAUACACAGCCAUUCCAUGUGGUGGCUUCUUCAACAGCACUAUGGGUACAGUGAGCAGUCCAGCACUCUCCAUGACCAACUACCACCACGACAUCAACUGUACCUACCACAUCAUGGUCCAAGCUAACAGAGUGGUGGAUAUCAAGUUUAACACCUUCCACCUGGAGGCAUCUUCUUCCUGUCGCUAUGACUACGUGGCGGUGUAUGAUGGACAGGACACCUUGGCGCCCUUGCUGGGGAAAUUCUGCGGUGCAGUUCUCCCACCCGAUCUGCGCUCCUCCACCAACCAGGUGUUCAUCGUCUUCAGGACAGAUGCCACAGUGAACGGGAUUGGCUGGAGGGCGACCUACAGUGAGACACUCGGUCCGGCACAGGGAUGUGGUGGCUACCUGUCCAUGCCCAUGGGCCGUUUUGGUUCUCCGGAUCCAAACCUUGAUGGGCGCUAUGAGACCAGGAUGGACUGCAUGUGGACCAUUGAGACGCCGGCCAACAAUGUUGUCAACCUGACCUUUGAGUCCUUUGACCUUGAGAGCUCCACUUCUUGCCGCUACGACUACGUAAAAGUGUAUGAUGGAGACAACACUAACUUCCCUCUGGUCGGAGCAUUUUGCGGAAACUUAAUUCCUGCUUAUUUUGUAUCGAGUGGAAACUUCCUGACUAUUCACUUCGUCACUGAUAGUUCAGUGCAGAAACGAGGCUUCAAUGCUACCUACAGAGCUCUGCCAUUGGUUUGCGGCGGGACUCUGAAUGCCACGACCGCCGUGCAGACCCUGACUUCACCUUACUACCCCAGUGCCUAUCCUCCGUUCACCUCCUGCCGCUGGAUCCUGGAUGCUCCAGCCCAGGAAACCGUCCAACUGUCGGUCAAAUCCUUUGUCCUCCAGCCGAGCCAGAGCUGCUCCGCAAACUACCUGGAGAUGAAGGACUGGCCUGAGGGAGACUAUGGACAGUCACAUAAGUUCUGUGCCUCAGAUACUCAUCCACCAGACUUCUACAGCUAUGGCAGAACAAUCCUCGUGAACUUCAAAUCUGACGCCUUCAUUGCAAGAAAUGGCCUGAGUUUCACCUAUCAGAUCUCCAGCUGUAGCCGAACCUAUGAACAACAACAUGGCUACCUGAAGAGUCCGGGCUGGCCGGACAUCUAUCCCCACAACGUAGACUGCACCAUCAUCCUGAAGGCGCCACAGAACAGCUCCAUCUCCUUCUUCUUUAACAAUUUCGAUGUGGAGAGCCACAGCCAAUGUGAAUUUGACUACCUUGAGAUCCGAAAUGGCAGUACAGCGUCGUCGCCACUGAUUGGUCGGUUCUGCGGCAACACCUUGCCCAGCCCCAUCUUCCCACAAUCCAACCAGCUCUACUUACGCUUCAAGAGUGACUUCUCCCAAGCACAUGAUGGCUUUGAGGCCACAUGGACAUCCUCCCCUCACGGUUGUGGUGGCACUCUGUAUGGAGACCAUGGCUCAUUCUCAAGUCCCAACUACCCAGGCACAUAUCCCAACAGUACCCACUGUGAGUGGGACAUUAUGGCCCCCAGAGGCCGCGUGGUGACCGUCACCUUUGCCCAGAUCAGUAUUGAUGACCCUGGAGAUUGCCAAAACAACUUCUUGAAGUUGUAUGAUGGCCCAGACACGUCCUCCCUGCCUGUUGGACCUUACUGUGGAGCGGAAACCAACAUCGCUCCAUUCACAGCCUCCUCCCAUCAAGUCUACAUCGUUUUCCAAGCCCAGUACGCCGCCCUGCCUUCAGGAUUCAGACUCACUUGGAGCAGCUGAAAGGAUUAAAGACACACACACAAACAAACAAAUCAUGCAAUCACAU